GUAAAUGGGGAGGUGUCACUUUAGACAAGUCGAGGAUUGAAAUUUUUGUAUUGAGUAGCACAUACUCAAGCCGAGAGUUUGAUGAACCCUUACCCAGUCGGGGGUUGGGCUACCACUUCUUCUUAUUUUGCAUAAGAAGCGUGAGAGUCCCUUACAAAACUCAUGGCAUUAAACUGGACGCUGGAGAGAACGAAGGGAUAUACAGAAGGAAACUAUGCACGAUAGAAAUGGAGAUAUUUGGGAUAUUUUCAAAUUGUCAUCUAGGAUUUGGCUUUUUAUCAGCAUCGAAACUAUAAUUUUGGUAUGCGGGCAGAAGGGAAAUGGAUGUGGUCACACAGUCCUCAGUCCCACCAGUGGCACACUGGCUUCAAGGAACUUCCCAGGAACUUAUCCUAACCACACCCAGUGUGAGUGGAACCUAAGGGUCCCCGAAGGCCAGACACUGCUUUUCACUUUUGGGGACUUUGACUUGGAGUGGAGCCAAGACUGUAUAGCUGGCUCGCUUACCAUCACAGACAGAAGUGGAUCCGUUAGAGUGGGUCCUUUGUGUGGGCAGCUGGACGCCAAGAAGAAAAAUGUGUCUGUGAGUACUAAUGAAGUUACAGUACGUUUCAUCUCCGGCACUCACCGUUCAGGGAGGGGAUUUGUUAUCUCCUAUUCAACCAAUCAGCACUCAGAGCUCAUUUCAUGCAUGCAUCGAGGAACACACUCCUCAUCUCAGCAGAUCAGUGCAUUCUGUCCUGCAGGCUGCAAAGGUGUUGCAGGAGAAAUCUGGGGCUGGCAUGGGCAAGGAUACCGUGAUACUUCUGUUUUGUGUAAAGCAGCUAUCCACGCAGGGAUUAUUUCAGACAGUCUGGGUGGCAUGAUCACUGUUUCCCUGCAGAAGGGCAUCACUAUGUAUGAGUCAAACUUCGCCAAUGGCAUACUGUCAAAAACUGGUUCUUUAUCAGAUAAGCGGCUAGUCUUCACCAGAGAAUGUGACAGGGAGCUAAAGGUGCAGACUUACAACACUUCUUCAGUGUGGAUGGAGGUGAACAGACUAGGGCAGAAAAUCUCCUGGUCUCCAGGACAAGUCAACACUCAGUGGGCCGCAAGUUCUGAGGACCAGCAGCCGUGGCUGGAGCUUGAGCUGUGGAAUAAAAGUACUGUCACAGGGAUCAUAACAAAGGGUACGCCACACUACUACAUUGAAUCUUACACCCUCAUGUUCAGCAAAGACCGUAAAAACUGGAAAGUCUACAAAGCUGCAUCUAGCAAAGAGAAAAAGGUGUUUGAUGGCUAUUCUGAUGGUCAUGUGACGGCACUCAACAGUCUGAUUCCUCCAAUAAUAGCACGCUACCUUCUUCUGAAACCCCAGCAGUGGCACAUCAGGGCCUCUGCCCAAAUUCAAGUGCUGGGUUGCCCUUCUGCCCUUUCAAGACCUCGUUCCUAUGGAGAUGAAAUGAACUCUGGCAAGGUGGCUAUCACAGAAUCUAUGUCUAUAGACACGCUCACCACUGAGGGUCCUGUCAUCACCAGAAACUCAGGACCCAGUCAGGCAGUGAUAUUGGUGGCAGGAAUGGUUUUGGGUGCUGCUCUUUGUUUCAGUUGCCUAUUGGCUGGGCUCAUCUGGUGGAAAAGAAAAAGAAAUGCACAACUAAAGAAACACUGUGUUGACCAAGGCCGUCAGGGUUUCCAGGCAAAGAGACCUCCAUGUACAAACCCUGAGCUUGUGCCUUACCCUCUGGUUCGAAACGUCCAUGAUGCCCUCCCCAACCCUCCUCUCAAUGACUAUGCUGAGCCCGAUGUUGUCGCAGGGCAAAUGGUAGGUCUCACAUUCCGACCCACGAUGGAAGAGGGUUACACCGUCCCCUACGCCCUCAACCACUAUGACACUCCAGGAACACUUUCUGAAUACACUUAUCCUCUGCCCCCCGAACCAGAAUAUGCAACACCCUUUGGUGAAACUCCCAUAGACUCUCUCAUAUCCUCGCCAGUGCACAGUCGACAUAACCCCAACCUACCCGUGUGUCGAUCCACAGAGUGCACAACAACACAACAACAGUACGAUUGCCCUGCACACAGAGUGAUCUCUAAUGGAUACUGUACUCCAGUCACACAUCAUACUAACCAAUGUAAGACUAAUGUGAUCUAUACUGAGCCCCAGACAGUACAACCAAUAUUGCAUGCUUACCAUGAACCACUUUGAGCCAGGGUGGCAUCUGCUAUAGAAGACCCUUGGUCUAUGCCUUUUUUGCUGUUUUGAAGAACAUCUAUGUGUUUUUAAAGAAAGCAGGACAUUGGCUAAUUUUAUUAAAAAUGUGGAUAAUAUUUUUACUGCUGUGCUAUGUCAUUGCCAGAGAAAAAGUUUACACCAAUUAAGUAUUGUGGCAAGGAAAAGUAUGUGAACCUUUUGGAAUUUCAUUUUAUUCUGAAUAAAUGUGUCAUAAAAUGUGAUGUGAUCUUCAUCUUAGUCAAGGGUGUUGACCAACAUAAUGUGUCUAAAAAUAAUUACACAGAAAAUCAAAUUUUUCAUGCCUUUAUGCGGAUUUUGUUUUUCUGAAGCCAUUCUGUUGUGGACUUUCUCUUGUGUUUUGGGUCAUUGUCCUGCUGCAUCACCCCCUUUCUACACAGUUUCAGCUGACGUACAGACAUUCUCACAUUAUCCUGAAGAAUUGUCUGAUAUACUGGGGAAUUCAUCUUCCCCUCAAUGAUUUCAAGCUGGCCAGGCCGUGAUCCAGCAAAGCAGGCCCAAAUCAUAAUGUUUACUCCACUAUUAUUUCAUAUGUUUUUAUGAUGAUAUGCCGUGCCCUUUCUACGCCAGAUGUAGCACUGUAUGUUUUUUUCCAAAUAGUUCAUUCAUCUUAGUUUCAUCAGUCCACAAAAAAUUUGCCAAUACCGCUAUGGAGUGUCAAUGUUCUCUUUUAUAAGGCAUGCAGCAAUGUUGUCUUUAGUAAGCAGUGGCUUCCUUUGUGGUGUCCUUCUGUGGAUACUCUGCUUGUUCAGUGUUUUACAUAUUGUAGACUCAUGAACAGAGAUGUUAGCAGCAAGUUCCAAUGAUGCCUUCAAAUCUUUGGUUGUUAUUCGGUGUUGUUUCUUUUAACGUUAUUGAUGAGUCUUUGUUGUGCUCUUGGUGUCAUUUUGACUGGGCACCCACUUUUUAGUAGAGUAGCAACAGUCCCAAAGUGUCUUGUUUGCUGUAGACUGGUACAUUUCUAAAGACUUUGAAAUAACUCUGUAACCCUUUCCAGCUUUAUGUAAAGCAACAAUUCUUGAAAUCUCUUUUUGAUGAGGCAUGGCUCACAUAAGCGUGUUCUUCUUGUACAGAGCAAUCUCCAAAAGUGGGACUUUUUUUUCAGUUAAAGUAGCUGUAGUUCACACCUCCAAACGUAUUAUCUUAACCAGGCUCCAUGUGCGCUAAAACCAGACCCCUUUUUAGUCAUUAACUCAAGGGUUCACAUACAUUUUCCACAAGAGCUUUUAAGUGUUUUAGUUGUUCUCAAUAAAGACAUGAAAGAUUAGAUAUGUUUGUGUUAUUAUUUUUUGGCACAUUAUGUUUGUCAAUACCCAAUAUGAAGAUCAGAUCACAUUUUAUGACAAAUUUAUUCAGAAAACUAUGAAAUUUUAAAAGGUGCACAUACUUUUCUUGCCACUGUAUAUGGAGCAUACAGUAAUUUUAAAUUAAAUACAUUAAUGUAGUGAACUUUGUAUAUAUUUAUAUUUAUAUAUUUAACAUUAACUUGGACAUGAAUGUGCCAUGCAUGAUGUGGUCAUUACAGUGACACAUACAAUGAAUUCUGCUGUUAUUAUAAGCAUCAGGGACCAGCAUGUAACAGCACAGUUGGUGGUAACAAAAAGUAAAGGCAUGGGAGAUUUUUGGAAAUCUGUGUUUAAAAAACAUUUCUGCUUUGCUUAGUUGACCAGGAAAGUUUUGUUUACUGUUUUUUGUUGUCCAUAAAUGUAUUGUGGAUGUGUGUUUUAUACAUGUUACUAAUCAGUAUAUAGUUUUAGAGGAUGCGUGUUUAUGUUAUUUGAAACCACUGAAGUAUUCAAUAAUACUGAAUCUUAUGCUUAUAAAAUACAUUUUCUACAAAAAAAUUAUGUUUUAUAUAAAAGCAAAGUGCUGUAAUUUUGGAUAUUAUAAACGAAUGUUAAAAUGCACUUAGUCAUUUUAAAUUGUUAUAAUGUCUUAUAAUUACAUUAAAUUAUUAACUGCUAUCUUACACAAGCAUCUAUCAACACAGCAGUAUUCGGUUGGGCCAACACCAACCAAAAAGUGUGGAAAAAUAGUGCAUCAAAUAAAAGCUACUGUUUAUAAACUAAAAACGACGAACCAUCGCAAAACACAUUCAUGAAUUUUGCAGAACGUGUCUGAAAUUCUUACACGUUAAAAAAAUGAAUACGAACUCACGUUGUGUCAAUGACGUUUACACAAGUAAAGCCCAUUCUCAUUCUGAUAUUUUGUGAUUUGUUUUUUGUACCCUAACCCUACCGAAUUACUAAUUUUAAUGCAAAACAAGCAUGUUUCAUAUCGUUUCACUAAAAUGCAAAUUCCAGUAAAUUUAAGUUGUUAAAAACUUAAAAUGAUUUAGGUGGUCUCUGGUGACAUCUGCUGGGAUGCAAAUAGCCAUGUCAUUAAAUAAAUGUGGCCACUAGGUGGCUCUACUACCUAGGCUGCAUGGGAUGAAACAAACUUAAUUUCUAGAUUCGAUCACAAAUAUAAAUUGUAGAUAUGAAAAUAUAUUAAAAACAUUUGUGUUGGUUGAGAUUUUGCAAAGAUGCCAGAAAAUAUGCUUACAAACAAAUCUGAACUGUGAAGCAGUGUUUUGAUUAAGGUCCAUUUCCCCAAAAUAAUUGACUUCAUUUGAC